AAGUGGUUCCACGACUUCCGGCCAAGACAAGCCCAUGUGGACAGCGGCAGCGGUGGUUCCGAUCAUUCUGCGUUAAGGCUCUCUUCCUCGUGUUCUCUCGUGAAAAAAAGCCUUUUUCGAAGAAUAAUAGCGAGAGUCAUCACAGUAUGGCAGACUUGGACGAUUUCUUUGCGAAGAAGGACCGGAAAAAAGCGAAGGGGAAGAAGUUUACGACGACCGAAGAAAUAGCCAAGAAAUUGGAAGAGACGGGGAAACGUUUGGGAAAGCAGAGAACGAAAGAUAAACCGACGAACCCCGAGGUCGAGGAGAUUCAACACACCGAGGAUGAAGACGAAUGGAGAGAAUUCGAAGAAGAAAAGAAGGAUUAUACUGGUUUAAAAAUAGGAAACUUAACGGUUAAUGAGUCUGUGGAUGCAGAAACCGACGACGAAAAAGCCACAGAGGAUAAUAGCUCCGACGGAGAGUCCGGGGAAGGCGGUGGCAAGCAUUUGGGGCCAUGGAAGAAGCCGGAACUUCCUCCCCAGCCUCAACCCGAAGUGGUUGAACCAACUCCACCACCUCCACCUACUGUUAUAUCAGGUGGAAGUAGUUAUAAGCCGCCGCACUUAAGAAACGUUCAACCCUUAACAGCUAGUCCGAGACCGCGAGGAAAGAACAUAGCGCCAGAUAUACACAGCGAGGAGUACUUCCCGACUUUGAAUUCAAAACAACAACAGAUCAAUGAACCGAAUGGACCAUGGGGAAGACGGAAACGAGACGAAGGUGUAUUUGAAGAAGUUCGUAACAAAGGUGGAAGUAGAUUGUACGUGCCGGAGCAGACGCAAGCACCGAAACUCACGUUGGGUAACAAAUAUGGUGCACUUUCCCAAGAUCAGAGCUGAAAGGCAUCUCCGCUGACUCAAUCAAACGACAAACAAUCAAUAUUGCGUCAUCGCCUCUCACCGUUUCGUGGCCCAGCUGCGCUAUAAAAUAUCUUUUCUAGGAUAGACUGCAACGAACGUGUAUCAUAAUUAUGCAUCAGGAUAUCACGUACAUGCCCUAGUUUCGAUAUGCCCAGGCUGAUAAUCAGUUUCGCUCGACGUGGGUUUUUGUAUCGAGCUCGACAUAGUUCGACGCGACCUCUUCAAACCACCGGAUAAGCACAAACGUGCUCGCGUUGCUUUAUUUUCGUACGAGAGAGAGACAUGCUCAAAUGUUUAGCACCAGUUUUCUAUUUAAUUUUUUUAAUCGACAUAGACCGUAAGCGAACGAGAUAACGUAGAAGGGAUCGGGGAUUCGUUAGACGAAUCCUGUGCCGAGGUAGGCACGCUGGUUGGAGAAGAGUUCGCGCGACGAUCGCACUGUUUCCGCGUGCGGUGCUGUUUUUUAUUUUGCCGCGUGUAACGCUUUACUGACCACGUUCGAUUGCCUUCGUAAACACCACGAAAAUAGGGAUUAGGGCACCACCAGGAUACUCAGAUAAUAUGACAACUACUAGAAGGAGAUAACAUGUACCGGAGAUAUAUUUGUAUUACGCGAGGGGAACUUGUUUUAGUAAAAUCCGAUCGGCGAUCGACGCCUCUCGAAAAAACGGGAUCGAUCCGCCGUGAGCCGUCUUGUUUUGUCAAAGUAAUCGUUCCGCUCUCGACUUUACCGUGUCAACGAAUAUACAGAAGAGAAAUAAACGUAUAAAAUGACGGUACACAUAUACGUAUAAGUAUAUAAACAUGUGUGUUUGUAUAUGUUAACUGACAAAUAAUUGAACUCCGGGGCUGGGCUUUGGAACGGCGCGAAAAAUACGACACGAGAAAACAAAUGAGUAAACUAAUAUAACAUUGGUUCGAACGAGUAUAUGAAAGAGUAUAAGUGCGUAAAUAUAUAUGUGUAUGUGUGUACAUGUGUUCGUAUAUGUACAUACAUAUACGUAUCAAAAGUAUAUAUAAAUAUCAAGAAAACGUACGGAAGCUGAAAAACCGGAAGUGGUAUACAAACAGGAAGUAAGCUAGAAAAUGAAAGAGAGAGAGAGAGAAAGAGAAAAUACACGCGCGUAUCGAAAAAUACAAUACAACACAACACACAAGAGGAAAAUGAGUGUACGCUUUUGUUGACGCUUGUUUAAUUAUUUUUGUUAAUUUAGGAGUUUCUUUCGCGAGAGGAGGAAAAACAUAGCGACAGAAGUUUAAAGAUGGAGUGGUUCUCCUGUGUGUAAUCAGGGACUUGGGGUGCUAGCGCUGUUAUUUUUGAAAAUAAAAAUGAAGAUAAAUGAAAUGUUUGAAAGGGAGAGAGAGUAUGAGAGGACGAAAGAAAGAAAGAAAGAGAGAGAGAGAGAGAAAAGAGCGAUUGAUCGAGAAAGCAGAGUGAAACACGAGCCAUAUUAACACUGAAGCGAGGAUGAGGAACAAACGGAGCCUUGUAUAGUGAACGAUAUAAAGAAAGAGAAAGAAAAAUAUGUGAUUAUUUAUAAUAAAUUUCCUAGGACAACUUA